CAAGAACAUAAAAGCACAAAAAAUAAAGAAAAUUGCAUGGCUUAUUUGGUUUCAUGUCUGUUUUUACACCUCAUGACAACCAAUCACAAUCAUUGGAGAUUGUGAAAGUUAAAUGUUAUAGAUGUCAACACAACUACUCUCUACUUUGUAGCAUUCUUUGGGAAUUUCAGUGGCAUCUUUUGGGAUCUGAAUAUUGAGUGUUUUGUUCUUCUUAUUUAUGUUAGAAUUUAGAGUGAUUUGGCCUUUAAUCGUCUAAUUUAGAACAACUCUGUGGCUUAAGGUCGUUCCUAACUGGAGUUUUGUUUUUGUUUUUCUGUCUGUUUUGUACUCUCAUUCUGUCAUCCUUCUCUUUUUCAGUUCAAGUUCUACAUUUUUACUGAAAUCCCGUUUUUCCAGGAUUUCCAAAAGUUUCCAUCUUUGAAAAUCCAGAAAUAUUACUUCUUGAUUGGUUUACAGUUUUACUAAGCCCCAUGUUCUAGUAUUCACCAAAGUUUCCUUUUUUGAAAACCCAGACCUGUUUUUGGAUUUCUGAUUCUGGGUUUUGCUCAUUUUUCUGAUUUAUUGAUUGGUUGAUUCAUGGGUGAGUCAAGAUCCAUUGGUUUUUUCUUUCUUCUUCUGAUUUUCUCCACUUGUUUUGGGGAUCAAACUUUGGAUAAAAUCACUGAGUUACCCGGACAGCCAAAGAAUGUUGGAUUCAAUCAAUAUUCAGGAUACGUGACAGUGAAUCAACAAGCUGGAAGGGCAUUGUUUUACUGGUUGAUUGAGUCACCAGUGAGUCGUAAACCCGAGUCAAGACCACUCGUUUUAUGGCUCAAUGGAGGACCUGGGUGCUCCUCUAUUGCUUAUGGAGCAGCUGAAGAAAUUGGUCCUUUUAGAAUUAGACCUGAUGGAAAGACACUUUACUUGAAUCGUUAUGCUUGGAACAACUUAGCAAAUGUGCUGUUCCUGGAAUCUCCAGCUGGUGUUGGGUUUUCAUACACUAACACAACAUCAGAUUUAUACACUACCGGUGAUAAGAGAACUGCUGAAGAUGCAUAUGUUUUUCUGGUUAACUGGUUUGAAAGGUUUCCACAAUACAAGCAUAGAGAUUUCUACAUUGCUGGUGAAAGUUAUGCAGGUCACUAUGUUCCUCAAUUGUCUCAACUUGUUUAUGAAAGGAACAAAGGGGUUCAGAAUCCUGUUAUCAAUUUCAAGGGAUUUUUGGUUGGAAAUGCUGUAACGGAUGACUACCAUGAUUUCAUUGGCACAUUCGAGUACUGGUGGACUCAUGGUUUGAUUUCUGAUUCAACUUAUCGAAGUUUACGAGUUGCAUGUGACUUGGGAUCCUCUACACAUCCAUCUCUGCAAUGCAUGAAUGCUCUUAGAGCUGCUCAAAUUGAGCAAGGGAACAUCGAUCCAUAUAGCAUCUUCACUCAACCUUGCAAAGAUACUUCAACAUUACGGCAUAACAUGAGGGGUCAUUAUCCCUGGAUGUCAAGAGCUUAUGAUCCAUGCACCGAGAGAUAUUCGAAAGUGUAUUUUAAUCGUCUGGAAGUCCAGAAGGCACUUCAUGCAAAUGUAACUGCUCUUUCUUAUCCAUGGCAAACAUGCAGUGAUAUCGUUGGAAAUUACUGGACGGAUGCUCCUCUCUCUAUGCUUCCUAUAUACAAAGAACUAAUUGCUGCUGGUCUUAGGAUUUGGGUAUACAGUGGAGACACUGAUGCAGUAGUUCCAGUGACGGCAACACGGUACUCCAUUGAUGCACUGAAGCUACCUACCGUCAUUAAUUGGUAUCCUUGGUACGACAAUGGAAAGGUUGGUGGGUGGAGCCAAGCAUACAAAGGGUUAACGUUGGUAACAGUGACUGGAGCCGGUCAUGAGGUUCCCCUCCACCGUCCCCGUCAAGCUUUUAUUCUUUUCCGAUCAUUCUUGGAGAACAAACUGAUGCCAAGUUAAAAAAUCUUAUCGAUAUCCAUGUUGCUCGAACUUUGGUGAGUUUGAAAUAUUUAAGUGUAUGGUCAAACUUUUAUAAGUUUUUCAUAUACAUGAAGGGUCGUACACUGCUGGACAGAGAAAAAGAAGAAUCCGGGUAGCAUAGGUUAAUGUUAGUAUUCAUUUUUUCUCGAUGAAUAAGUGAAAAAGAAAAUAUAGAAAUUUUUAAUACAAAUUGUCAAGAAAUUAUGUUGAGUGAUCACUAAAUUGUAGAAUAUUUUGUUGAAAUGUAUUCUUUAUAGGACUUUGAAUAAUUGAAAUUGCAGAUGUGGUUCAAAGUAAGUUGUUAAUAAAUAUUGUCUUCAUAGUUGA